AUGCAGAUGGUGCUGGAGGAACGGGACCUAUGGGAGGUCGUCAGCGGUGAGAUCAAGGCGGAACAGUGCGAGACUCAGUUGGACCAAGCGACGUACAAGAGGAAGUCAAGAAAGGCGAUGGCAGUGAUCUGUCUAGCCAUGGAAGAUUCCCAGCUACCGUUGGUCCGGUCGGCAAGUGGUGCAUGCGACGCAUGGUCAAGGUUGGAAGACCACUUCGAGAAGAAGAGUCUUGCCAACAAGCUGUUCUUGCGCCGUCGCUUCUUCACGACAAUGAUGGAAGAAGGCGACGAUGUACUCGAACACAUCAACAAGCUCAAGACGCUGGCGGAACAGCUAGAAGCGGUGGGGGCUCCAGUCUGCGAGGACGAUCUGGUGAUCACACUUCUCGGCAGCCUGAGUGACUCGUAUCAAUUCUUGAUCACAGCUUUGGAGUCGCGCUCAGACACUCUUAGCUGGGAGCUCGUGACGUCUCGACUGCUUCAUGAAGAAAUGAAGCGGAGGGAGCAAGGAAGUAAAGGUGAUGAAGCUUCGCAAGGUCAAGCGUUCAUCACAAGGGGACAAUCAGCGCAAAGGGCGACCAGUGAAGAAGUCCUGGCCGUGCCACAAUUGCGGAAAGAUUGGUCACUGGAUGGCGGACGUGCUCAAGACAGCGGCGACCGCUAUCGAUCACAACGUGCAAACGUCGCUCAAGAAGAAGACUCGGGCGACUACCUCUUUUCGAUCGGUGAAACGACAUCUGCGAAAUCGAGCGACAUCUGGCUGGUCGACUCCGGGGCGACGCAGCACAUGACGUGCUCCAAGAAGUUCAUGCGGAACUACAAGGGAUUUGACGCUGUGGAUGUCCAUCUCGCGGAUGAUGGAAUCGUCCAAGCAAUCGGCAGUGGGGACAUUGUCAUGUCGAUGAAGACACCCCAAGGGAUGAAGAAAGGUGUGCUCACAAACGUGUGGCACAUCCCAAAGUUAUCCAGAAACCUGUUCUCGGUCGGCCGCUUCACCAAGGAUGUCGGCCCAGUGACGUUCACGAAGGAUGGGUGCUAUGGAGAAGCGAAAGGGACCAAGUGGAAAAUUGGUGCCCGUGAAGGUAAAGGACUGUUCAAGCUGCAAAUGACUCCAGUGGCGCCGGAACAAGCAAAUGCAGCCAAGUCGUCGGGAUGUCAAGGGGGCACCCAAGUCGUACCUCUGGCACCUUCGGCUUGGCCACAUAGGUCACGAUGGACUCAAUUGCAUUGUGACGAAGAACAUUGGAAUUGGCAUCGACAUAUCUUCGGUGAAGAAGUGGGACGUGUGUGA